GAGACAGUCGGUGACACACACUCCCGCCCCCCCACCGCUUCCAGCGCCCCUUCUCCUGGUGUGGAAGCGACAAGGGGUUCGGGAUGUUCCGGACCUGUGGAGGGCUUCGCGCCCGGGCUGGUCCCUCUGCUGGGGGCUGGCAGCCCUUGAACUUCGAUGGUGGGGCUUUCAACCUCAAAGGCACUGGGGAGCUGCUGAGGGCCCUGCUGGUGCUGCGGCUCUGUGCCUGGCCUCCUCUGGUCACCCACGGGCUGACGCUCCAGGUCUGGUCUCGGAGGCUCCUGGGCUCCUGGCUCUCCAGGGCACUCCUCAGAGGGUCCAUCUACGGGCAGUUUGUGGCCGGCGAGACGGCAGGAGAGGUGGAAGGCUGUGUCCAGCAGCUCCAGCGCCUGUGCCUCCGGCCCCUGCUGGCGGUGCCCACCGAGGAGGAGCCAGACUCAGCGGCCAAGACUGGUGAGGCCUGGUAUGAGGGGAACCUCCAUGCCAUGCUGCGCUGUGUGGACCUGUCCCGAGGCCUUCUGGAGACCCCUGGCUCUGCUGACCACGUCCUCAUGCAGCUGAAGAUGACGGCGCUGACCAGCACCUGGCUCUGUAAAGCGCUAACCUCGUUGGUCAGGGAUCCGAGGGCCUCACUGGAACUAAGCCCCGAGAGGCUGGCAGAAGCCAUGGACUCUGGGCAGGACCUCCAGGUCUCCUGCUUCAAAGCUGAGCAGAACCAUCACCUUCGGGCCUCUCUGAGUCGCUUGCACCAGGUGGCCCAGUAUGCCCGGACUCAGCGCGUGAGGCUCCUGGUGGACGCCGAGUAUGCCUCACUGAACCCUGCACUCUCUCUGCUGGUGGCCGCCCUGGCCAUGCGCUGGAACAGCCCCCGGGAGGGGGGGCCUUGGGUUUGGAACACUUACCAAGCCUAUCUGAAGGACACACACGAGAGACUGAAGCAGGAUGCUGAGGCUGCAGACAAGGCUGGCCUGGCCUUUGGAGUGAAGUUGGUACGAGGAGCUUACCUGGACAAGGAGAGAAAGGAGGCCAGGCUCCAAAGGACCGAAGACCCCACGCAGCCUGACUACGAGGCCACCAGCCAGAGUUACAGCCGCUGUCUGGAGCUGAUGCUGACCCACGUGUCCCGCCGUGGCCCCGUGUGCCACCUCAUGGUGGCUUCUCACAAUGAGGACUCCAUUCACCAGGCAACCAAGCGCAUGUGGGAGCUGGGCAUUCCUCUGGAUGGGCCUGUCUGUUUUGGACAACUUCUGGGGAUGUGUGACCACGUCUCCCUGGCACUAGGGCAGGCCGGCUACGCUGUGUAUAAGUCCAUCCCCUACGGCUCCCUGGAGGAGGUGAUCCCCUACCUGAUCCGGAGGGCCCAGGAGAACCGGAGCGUGCUGCAGGGUGCCCGGAGGGAACAGAAGCUGCUCAGCCAAGAGCUCUGGGGGAGGCUGCUGGGGAGGGCCUGAGAGCCCCCGCCAGCAUCCGUGGUGGUCCCGUGGUCAAUAAAGGUCUGGAACCCCA